AUGGGAAGAGGAAAGAUCGAGAUAAAGAGGAUAGAGAAUCGAACAUCAAGACAAGUGACCUUCUCCAAGAGAAGAAGUGGUCUUAUGAAGAAGGCUCAUGAGCUCUCUGUUCUCUGCGAUGCUCACAUCGGUCUCAUCGUCUUCUCAGCAACCGGGAAGCUCUCCCAGUACUGCUACGAACCUUCCAAGAUGCCUCAGCUCAUUGACCGAUACUUGCAGAAUCAUGGACUGAGACUUCCUGAACCUAAUGACAACCGGGAGGAACUGUGCCAAGAGAUAGAAGCACUGAGAAGAGAGACAUGUAAGCUUGAGCUCCGUCUGCGUCCGUACCACGGGCAAGACUUAGCUUCCAUUACUCCACACGAGCUCAAUGGACUAGAGCAACAGCUCGAACAUUCUGUCCUUAAAGUCCGCGAGCGUAAGAAUGAGUUGCUGCAGCAACAGUUGGAGAAUCUAAGCAGAAAGAGGCGGAUGCUAGAAGACGAUAACAACAAUAUGUACCGUUGGCUUCAUGAGCAUCGUACCGCGAUGGAGUUUCAGCAAGCUGGGAUAGAAACCAAACCAGGGGAGUAUCAACAGUUUCUAGAGCAGGUUCAGUACUAUAAUGAUCAACAUCAUCAGCAGCAGCAACAACCAAACAGUGUUCUUCAGCUUGCUACACUUUCUUCCGAGAUUGAUCCUAAUUACCAUCUUCAGCUUGCUCAGCCUAAUCUUCAAAAUGAUAAUUAA